ACUUAUUCUCUCCAGCUCUUUACUCUUCCACCCCCUUCUCUCUCUCUCCCCAAAAGACACAUUUAUUGAACUUCCCUUACUAUUGUCAAGUGUAGAAUUUGAUUGAUUAUAUCAUCAUUUAAUGGCUUCCUUUUGCUCAUUCUUGGCAAUGUUCAUGAUCUUCAUGGCUUCCCAUUCUUCCCUUGCAUUGGAAUCUCAACCAGAAACUCAGUUUUCAAGUAUAUCUGCUGCACCAGCAUUGCUUCCAGGUGCUCCUCUAUCUUCUUCUCCAACCUUAUCUCCAGAUAUUUCUCCUUUAUUUCCUUCUCCUGGUGGUGUGCCACUUUCUCCAGCCGAGUCAUCUCUGCCCACCAUCCCAUCAAGCCCGAGCCCUCCAAAUCCAGAGGACACAGUCGCUCCUGGACCAGGAUUGGCUUUUGCACCAUCAGGGUCUCUGCCAGUUUCCCAUUCAUCUCCUGUAACUUCAUCUCUGCCUCUGAAUGUGAUUUUGUUUCUUGGCUUGCUGGUUUGCUCGUUUGUGUAAUGCUUAUUUCUGGUGUGGUGUGUGAGUGUGAUGUGAGAGAUUUUGUGGUAAUUGGAAAGAGAAAAAAAAAAAAAAAAAAAAAAAGCAAUGUUGGUGGAAAGCUUCAAUUAUUGUUAAUUCAUAGUGGUUUCCACUUUAUGUUUGUAAACUAUUUUGGUUAAACUAUAUAGAAUGCUUUAGUGUGUGAUGUUAGGUAAAUGCAGUUCGUGGCAUUGUUAUGGAUUGUGAUAGGAUAUUGUAUCCAAAAUUUUUUUAGAAAAAUAAAAGUUGUAAGCCUUUCAGUCUUGUA